AUGGGUUGCAGUGCUUCGGUGCCAACAGUUAGUUCUCUCAAUGCUCACCAUCUCACGCCUUCAUCACCACCACCGACGGCACCACCAAAAAAUUUGGAGAUUGCAAAAGGUGAUCGUCGAUGCAUUGAAUCACAAGAACUUAUUCAAAAUUUUCUGUUGGUUUGGCUAGAUGCAUAUAUCGAUGAAUCUACUGAUGGAAUAUAG